AUGCCGAAGCCCAAGCGUUACGAGAACGUACAGAACUCAGUUCACUCAGCAUCUACUUCACGAGGUGCAGCACAAUCUUCAUCAACAACUGAAUCAGAACCUUCACAUUUUCAUGAUACGCCAUUACCUCAUCAACAACUGAAUCAGAAUCUUCGUCAACAACGGCUGACUUCAUUUCUUCAACCGAUACCACGGCAGACUCCUUCAUUUCAGGCUUCAGCACAGCCAACUCCAUCAGUUCGGACCACAACGCAGCCGAUUCCAUCAGGUCAAACCACAAAGCAGCCGAUUCCAUCAAUUCAAACUGCGUCACAGUCGAAACCACCUAAAAAGUCUAGUGGACGUGCGUCUAUGUCACAUUGGACGGUAGAUGCAAUAGAUUCACAAGGAGCUAUCAAGAAACUCAAAGUGAAGAAAACGGACGUGUUCAAUCUAUCUAAUGGAGAUCGUAUUGUGGUUGAUUUUGACGACUUAGAUUCUCCUAUUGGCGAAGGACAAGGCAUUCUUGCAGGUUUUUGUGGAAUUUUAGCAAAAGACAGCUCCAUAUUUCCAAUUCACUUUGAAAAAUGGUCGGAUUUACCUGCAGCAUACUUCAACAAUUGCUUUGAUCAAUUUAUAAAGGUAUAG